AGAGUAUAAAAAUAUUCAUAAAAGUAUGUAUCGCAUCAAUGUCGUCCGUUCUCGGAUUUUUGGUUGCCAUGGUCGGAUUUAUGCACGAGUUUUCAAGAUUACAAAAUGUUGUCGACUUAUUUGAAGAGCCAAAUAUUACACUGACGAUUGCAACGAACCAACCAACAAUUACAGCGAAUAAACCAACGUUUGCUGCGCAUAAACCAGAGUUUGCUUCAUAUCUACCAACGUUUGCUUCAUAUCAACCAACAGUCGCUUCAAAUCUACCGAAGUUUGCCUCACAUCAACCAAAGUUUGAACCAAAUCUACCAAAGUUUGCUUCACAUCAACCAAAGUUUGAACCAAAUCAACCAAAGUUUGCUUCACAUCAACCAAAGUUUGAACCAAAUCAACCAAAGUUUGCUUCAUAUCAACCAAAGUUUGAAUCGAAUUUACCAGAGUUUGCUUCACAUCAACCAAAGUUUGAACCAAAUCCACCAAAAUUUGCUUCACAUCAACCAAAGUUUGAACCAAAUCAACCAAAGUUUGCUUCAAAUCAACCGACGUUUGCUUCAAAUCAACCAAUAGUUUCCCAAAAUCUACCAACGAUUGCUCAACAUAAACCAAAGUUUGCUUCAAAUCAACCAACAGUUGCUCAAAAUCAACCAACGUUCGCUCAAAAUCAACCAAAGUUUUCUCAGAAUUAACCAAUAUUUGCACCAGACCAACCAACGCUUAAACCAUAACAAGGAUAACAUAAAUAACAUGACAUAAAUAUUCCAGAUUGUAUGAUAAAAGAUUCCAGAGCACCAUGUUUAAACUAUAUCGAUAUACUUUAUUCGUGGUCACGUAAAAUCUGUUAUUUUACAAAGUGACUAUUAUUAUCCAGGAAUAUAUAUCAAGGAAUUUGAUAUUAAUCGAAAUUGUUGUGGUUACAUUAUAUUUUUUAUCUGUAAGCAUAAGUUAGAGUUAAACUAAAGGUAUCAAACUCAUUGAAAUGUAUUCCCGAGUUCAUGAAUAUUAUACUACUCGAAGCACAGUCAAGUCACAAUCAGACACAUUUAUGUUUUUCAUCAAAUAUAUUGGAGGUUGAAUCGGAUUUAAUCAGAUUACAGUACUAAUCAGAAUUUGGCUUGUAAUGCGUUCGUUAAAAUAUACAGCUAUACGAUAUGUAUGUGGAAUCAGGUUAUGUGCGUGUCUUGACUUUUAUCAGUCAGAAGUAUAAGAUUUCAGAAAAAAAAAUCGCCACCACCUUUCUUGUGCUAAUUUUUUUGCUGCUGUUUAUUUGACAAAACAUUUCAGACCAAAAUUUGUUUUACGUUUUCAAUAUGAUUAUUACCAAUAUAUUAUAAUCAAGUUAA